AUGUAUUUAAUUUUCUUUUCGCUACUAUUUUUAUCAUAUUGUCAAGAUCCUACAGUUUUUAAGGCAUCUGACAAGGUCUCUUAUAUAAUAAAGGAUAGAUUAAAGCGACCAAAUGACUUGCUGUUCUUUACAGAAGGCCUAACAUUUAUUGCGGAUGACAUGCUAUUGGAGAGCACAGGGUUGUAUGGAGAUUCCGAGAUACAUUACAUUGAUAAUGUGUUUGAUAAAUAGAAUAUUGGAUUGAAAGCACGAUAGCCGAUUGGAAAAUAAUAUUUUGGGGAGGGGUGUUCAAAAAUAAAAAACAAAAACGGAAAAGAUGAGAUCUAUAUGUUAACUUGGAAAGAGAGAAAAGCAUUUCUAUUGAAUAGCAAUUUGCAAUUGGUUUAGGAAUUAGAAAUCCCAGGAGAAAUCUAGGAAGGGUGGGGAAUGACUUCUUAUAGGAAUAAUGAUGGCGAAGACAUAUUGUUAAUUUCUGAUGGAACAAACAGAUUGUAUCAUGUAGACCCAAGCGAUUUUAAAGUUAAGAAAACUGUAAGUGUUCGUUUGGAGAAUGGAAGUGAUCUCAAUAAAUUAAAUGAACUAGAAAUUAUUGGAGAUGGGACAGUUUUAGCAAACAUUUAUGAAACCCCUUUAAUUGCUUAAAUAGAUCCACAUGACGGAAAGUUAAUAGACAUUCUUGACUUUACUGCGUUGAUCUAAGAUGUAGAAAGUGUGAAGGGAAAGGGAUAUGCCGACCCUAUGUUUAACAAGGUAUUAAAUGGAAUAGCCUAUAAAGAUGGCAAUUUAAUAUUAGGUGGUAAGCAAUGGCCAUAUUUUUAUUAAAUUGAAUUAUAAUCAUAAUAGUCAUCAUGAAUUCUUAAAAUCGUUAAUAAUAUAUAUACUAAAGUAGUAUUAAUGAAUAUAAUUAUAUAAUUAGGUUUCGUUGCUAAUAAAUUUUGUGUUAUUAUUUGUUAUUGAAUACUUAUUAUUUCUACUAGUGAGUAAGGUUUUAUUAUUUUAGUUCCUGUACAAAACACAAUGAAAUUAUUGGAAGCUAGAAACACCGAUUAGAUGAUGAAUCAAACGAGUAUUCUACAAAUACCUAAAUAGAAGGGAUUGUGAAUUAUUUCUAUAAGGGUUUUUUAUUUUAUUUUAUCAUUAAAUUGUUUUAUGUAAAGGCCAUUAACCAGCCUCACAUCUUCUCAAUAAUAAUCAAAAAUUUAUGAUAAUAGUAGUACUUCAUUUAGAAUUAAGGAAAAUAAGAAAAAUAGGUAAGUGAUUUCUCUAUUUUGCAUAGGCAAAUGCCGUAAUAGAUGCUUUAUGAUAAGGAGGGAUUGUAUGAGGAAAACUUGAAGUUGAAGAAGGAAUUGCAACAGGUGAAAUUUGAAUUGAAGAAGGAGAGACAGGAACAUGCCAAUUUUGAGAAGCAAGUGCAGAAAACUAAUGAAACUUAAAAAGAUGUAAUUAUGUGAUCAUUUAGACAGUUUCAAGUAAUCUUGUCUUAGAGAGCGAGAAUCAAGGAUUAGGAUAAGCUAAUCAAAGAACUUGAGGAGUAGGUUUUUCAAUUGAAGCGCAAUCCAGAAAGGACUAAGAACAAAGAAUUGGAAGCAGAAUUAGAAGAAUAAAAAGAAGCAUAUCAAAAAUUAUAGUUAUACAUUAGUAGCAAAUGUAAUCAAGAUACAAAUGAAACCUUGAUGGUCAAUUAAUCAUUAAAGGAUCAAAUUCAAAUUAAUUUGGUUUAGGCCUACAAACAAGACAACUUGAAUUUAUCAUAAAUGAUUCUCAGUUUGUAAUAGGAGAAUCAUGGUUUACAAUAGAAUUAAUUAUCAAUUAAGAAUGAGAAGGAUAGAUUGACGAAUAGGUUGAAGGAAUUGGAGAAACAAUUCGAAUCUGUGAAUAAACACAUGAUGUAUAUGAGAUAAGAGAUGUAAAACACUAAAAAGCAAACUCCAUCUGAAGAUUAUUUGAAAAAGAUUGAUGAAUUGUAAUAAUAGGUCUAAAAUUAAGCAAAACAAUUACAAUAAAAUAAAAAACUAAUAGAAGAAUUGGAGCAAAAAAAUGGAGAGUUAUAGCAUAAUUAUGAUGUAUUUAAAUCAAUGGAGAGUAAAGAGAAGGAAAAAUUGUAGGAUAGAUUGAACAUGCUAAAAAAGUAGAUAGAGGAAUUGAAUUAGAAGAGAGAUGAUCACGAGUAAUCUUAAGAAGGUUCCCUCUAAUCAAUUGGACUUAAAUAAGCAAUGACAAUUUAUGGUAGUCCUAGGAGUAAUAAUAGUCCUUAGAAAUUGCAAUUACAAUUGGGUUUUACAAGCAAAAAACAAUGUUCAAAAGUGAAUUCUUAUGACAUCAAAGAGAUCAUUAGCAAUUUAAAAAUAAAAUUGUUGAGCAAUAAUAUUGAUUAUGAAACAUAAGAAUAAAUUUUGUGCGAAGAUGAUGAUGAGUUUUUAACCUUAGAGGAAACGCAAUUACGUUUGUAAAAAGCACCCUUUGAAUUAAAUGAGGAUGAAUCGAGUCUUUUAGCCAGGUAUUUGAUUGAGGACAACACUGAAGAUCAUAUUCUCUAUGAUUAGCAAAGAACACAAACUAAGAUUAUAAUCAAAUCUGUAUAUAAGAAAUUAUUGGGGGAAUUCAAUUUGUUCGAUGCUUUAGAGAAGCAAUAGAUGUAUGAGUAUUUUUGUCAAUUGUUUCACAAAUAUAAUUAGGGAAUGGAAUCUGCAAUUAAAUAAUUCAACAUUAAAAAAAAGUACUUGGGCAAUAACUAAUGUGAAUAUGAAGAUUUUAAUGUAAUUCCACAUUUGUAAUAUAGGAAGCACUUAAAUAUUGCGAUAUCCUUUUAACUACCAGACAGAGACUCUAUUUGGAAUUGGAAAUAUUUUCUGAUUCUUAACAAUUACAGCGAUUUAAUUUUUAGACUCUAUUUUCAAAGUUUAAAUUAAAGGUUUCUGAUUUAGAUAAUAGUAUUAAUUGA